UGAAUGCAAUAAAUUAUUCAUAAUUUCAAUGUAUGUACUUCUUAUGAUGUUUAAUGUUUCAUGGCCUUGCUCCCGUUUUUAGUUGAACCUGUACUCAUGUUAUUGCAGCAGAUAAUUAUGUUUAGUAUUGCAUUUUCAGGAGUUUGAGCCCUUCAUACAGAAGCCGAAUUCUAUUGUCCAUUUCCACUCCGCAGCAUCAUUUCAGGCCGUAAUAAAGUAUGGAUUUGAAUGUGCAAGACAAGCAGGACGAUGUUUUAGUGCAAUCUGAUAAUGUUGAGUUGCUGGAGUCCGUGAAUGUAGUGGAAGGUGUAACAUCAAGCGGAGAUGGUGUAAUUGUGCCCGAAGUGGGUAUGUUGUUUAAAAGUGAAGUAGAUAUGUAUGAUUUCUACAAGAAAUAUGCUUAUGCGGUGGGUUUUCCAAUUAAGAAAAGGAAUUCAAAAAAAGGAGAUGAUGGAGUUGUGAGAUACAUGACGUUGACAUGUAGUCGUGAAGGCGGAAUAAACAAUAAUAGUAGCGAUUCUUUGAAGCCGCAACCCACAGUUAAAAUGGGUUGUAAGGCUAGGAUUUCUAGAUCUUCCGAUACUUUUGGAAAUUGGAGAAGUAAUGCAGUAAACCUCGACCAUAAUCAUGAAACAAGUCCUUCUAAAUCCAGGUUAUAUCG